UUAUGUGAAAUGAUGAGCAGGAACGCGAUCAGACUUGAGGUGGCUCCUAAGGAUGGAAAUUGGGGCUUCAAUAUAUCGGAGCGUAAGGCCAUGCUUCCGGCAGGGACAGUGGAUAAGAAUGUGGAAAGGGUCUAUAAAGAGUUGCCCAAGUGGGAAGAAGAUCCCAAUUUGCACACAAGGCCAAGAUAUAAGCAAAUUGUUAAGGACCUUGCAGACAAAUAUCAUACUGAGAACUUGCUGCUUGUCACACACGGGGAAGGUGUUGGGGUGGCUCUUUCUUCAUUCAAAAAGGAUGUUGAAGUGUACGAAGUUGAUUACUGUGGAUAUGUCCAACUUAGACGCCCAAUUUUCAAGAAAGACCAGUCUUUUACUGCAGGAGAAUUUGAAGUUCUUACUCACAAUGGUCAAACCGGCAUAAAUUUCAUGUCAAAUAAGGCCUGA